GGCCGUGGCGAGCGCUGGCCGCAGUGCCGCUCUGAGUGUUGGGUGCGCCCCACGUCGCCGCUCGCGCCUCUCGUCUCGCCACGUGCGUUCACAAGACUGUAGCUAUAGGGCAGCCACGGGUCACCUGCCGUUAAUGAGGGAGGUGGCGCCAAGCCCCGCGUGUAGUGUAGGUGCGAGGACGAACAGCCACCAGCCGGACAGGCUGAGCAGCGGGUAGCGGGCAGUGCACGGUGCCGCCGCGCCCCGCCAGCCGGGCCAUGCAGGACGUGCGCCACACCGCCGGCCAGGAGCCCGCGCCCGUCGUGGACAGGGGUGCUGGGCAGCCGCCGCCUCCGCCCGCAGGGCAGGAAGAGGCUCCGCCUGCCAAGGUGGAGCCUCAGUCGUCGGGCGAGGAGUCUUCCUCCUCGUCACCGAUCCGAGAGCCACCGCAGCAGCAGCAGCAGCCUCCACCCCCCGCCGCAACCAGCAGCAAGCCGCCAGUUGGUCAGCCCGGGCAGCGAGGGGCCGGGCCUGAGGGCGCCGCGCCAGCCCCGCUCGUGCACUACAACGGCGCCCCGACCACCGGCCAGGGAGUGUCGCCUCGGGAGGCGCCGCCCAGACCCGCCCAUCACCAUCACCACCACAACCCGGGCUCCCCGCCAGCACACCGGCAGCGGCCCCCCCUCAGGCUGCCGCCCCCGCCCGUGCAGGUGCCCGGGCCACGCCCCCCCUUGCUGCCGGGCAUGGUGCGGCAGCCCCGGCCGCAGGGCCAGCCUCCCCCCAUGAUGCCGCCCCUCCUCAUGGUGCCGCCCCCUUCGGGCCCGCAACAGAGGCCUCAGAUGGUACCCGCGCCCCUGCCCCCGCCGCCGCCGCCGCCUCGCUACCAAGACCCCCCCGCCGCGUCGGGUCACCCGGGCCCCGGGGACGCCGGUCAUCAGUUUUCGCGGCAGGAGGAGGAGGAGGACAUUCCUGAGGGGGCCGCCGCCCCCUAUCCUCCCCAGGGGCGGGCCCCACGCCGGCACCCUGCCACCUUGAGGAUAUCAAAGUGGGUCAACCCAAUCCCUCCUGACCCAGAUGAUGGGCAGCAGCAGGUGGGGGAGCAGGAGCUGGCCACCAAGAUGCUACAGAUCCAAAGCAAGCGGUUCUACAUAGACGUGAAACAAAACAGACGCGGCAGGUUCAUGAAAGUGGCAGAGAUCGGUGCUGACGGGAGAAGAAACCAAGUGUUCCUGGCCCUCUCUACAGCGGCAGAGUUCAGGGAUCACUUAUCGCUAUUUAGUGAUUUUUAUGCUAAUUUAGUCCCCCGGUCAGGUCCACCAAAUCCCGACACUUUACCAGAGGACGGCAAACUCAAGUCUGAGACCAUGGUCAAGGACAACAGAAGGUACUACUUGGACCUGAAGGAGAAUUCCAGAGGGCGCUUCCUUAGGGUAUCACAAACAAUAGCCCGGGGUGGGCCAAGGUGCCAGAUUGCCAUCCCUGCCCAGGGCAUGAUAGAGUUCCGUGACGCACUGCAGGAGCUGCUCGAUGAGUUUGGCACAGAUGAUGGAGGCUACAAAGGAGAGCUGCCUGAAGGCCGCCACAUGCGAGUAGAAAACAAGAACUUCUAUUUCGACAUAGGCCAGAAUAACAGGGGCAUAUAUAUGCGUAUAUCUGAGGUCAAGACCAACUUCAGGACUGCCAUCACCAUCCCUGAGAAAUCCUGGUCAAGGUUUCGAGACAUAUUCGCAGAUUAUGUAGACAAAAUGAAGGAUGGUGGAGAGAAGGGACCCAGUGAGAGUAAUAAAUGAGUGGCGUGGCAGUGCUAGGUACACUAAAGGAUUGACUGGUGAGAUGCCCGGCCUGAGGGGAUGGCCACUGGCGCCGGCAGCCACCUCUCUGGCCCUUGUCUGGCCUUCCUCCUGGCCAGCUCCUGCUCCCACCACAAACUGCCAAGCUCCUCCCAGUCAAAACUUGUAUAAAGUGUAAAGAGAAGUCUAUAACCAGAGUCGUAUAUUGUAUAGCUUAUGGACACCUUGCGGCCACCAGUGAGAAUGGAAAAUCUGGGACUUCUGUCGUCAGAAGGAAACAAGAGUAAAUGUCCUUGGUAGACUUCCACAGACAUAGAAAAUGGACUCAUAGGCGAAUAAAUGUAAGUGAUUCACAUAAUGAUCUAGAAGACUCAGUGUCACGCUGGGCGGCACGUGGCGCCGCCUGCCACACACGCAGCAUCACAAGGACUCGCCGCAUUGGCUUUUUCACGUGGCUGCCAGUGAGUCGUGGGCGAACUUGGGGUGCGGAGACUCCCAGCCCAAACGGGUGAGGCUCGCAGCAGACUUCACAGACAGUUGCCCGUGAGAGAGUUGUGGUGAUUGGUCAAACUGUUGAUACUACAGUGUGAGGCCACACCAGGCCGGUGCCCAUUGCGCAGUGUGGCGGAGACAAGCCUUGGAGUGAUGCCCUGCUGCCCGCCCACGCACCUGCCGUGCCGCAUCCUUCAGAGGCGCCAGCUCGUGGACUCACGGCUGGAGUGCCUAGCGGGAGGGGCAGGACGGGUGUGUUGGGGCGGGCGGCAGUCCUGUGCCGCCGUCCCACCGCGGACUGACCUCACCAGCCACUGCCACCAGUUGUCAUGUUGUCUUUCAUCGCCACUACCCAACCUAGAAGCAGAUGGCGUCCCAGCAGGAGAAACAAUGCAGCACCCACGGAGAGCUGACUCGACGGGGCGGGGGCGGUGCACGUUGCGUGUCCUCCCCGAAGGUGGCCCACAUCCAACGUCCGGUGGCCAGACCAAGUGGCAGAGUACCGUCCUGUCCCCCCGUGCUGCCUGCCUGCCUUGCUGGACGACCCUCAAGCCUCCACAGGCUCCCACCCAACUCGCCAAUAGUGCCCCGGCCUGGCCCCAGCCCGGCCCCCUCCUUCCCUGGUGGCCUGAUGGUUCGCAGCCGUUCGGAGAGGUGGUGUGGACGUUCCUGGUAACCUGCCCCAGUCAAGGCAAGGACUGUGCCAGCUGAUGUCAACACUGCCAAGCCACAGAGUCAGGACAGGUUGGCGCUGGGGCCAGACUAGGCGCCGUCAAAAUUCACCGACUUCCUCCCCCUCCCCCCUCCCCCCCCCGAAGACUGAAACCUCAAGUCAGGACACAUCACACUUUGUUUACUUACUUUGUAAAAUGAUUUGCUAUAGAUAGAGACUUAACUAGUAUGUGAAUUAUCUUGCUGUAGAGUCUUGUCAUGCUUCUCCUAAGUGCAGAGUUCAGGAUGGCAGUGGUGGACCAUACGCUUCAUGAAACAUUAGUGUUGGAUGACAAAUUCAAACUCACUUCAAUUCCUCAUAUCAAGGCAUUCUAUCUGGUGGACCGAGGAGAGGCUCACUCCGCUGGUGCAUUUGGAGGGAGCACGACAGGCCCACAUGCAAGGAUGAUUGACACAGCUUUAAUAGUAACAGAAUAGGAAAGAAAAUGGAACUUUACAUACAUCUAUAAUUGAUACUGGGCGUUUUUUUGUGAAGAAGAUUUAUGUAACUAAUCAUGUUAUUUAUAUGAAUGAUCACUUUCUACAUAAAACUGUAAAAACUGUUUGGUAGGGUGUUGGCCUCGUGUAAUGAGCUGGUAACAAUGUUUGGUCUGGUCUCGGCCAUGGCCAGCCUCCUGCAGUGGGCACCACCAACCCAGACCAUUUCUCUUUGGCUGAUUUUCUUAUGAGCAUCCUUGACUGGUCUGCAGUCUGUUGUGUGUGUGCUUAUUUCUGGAGUAUUUUCUUUUGUUCUUCGACAUCUAAGGUAUCCCAUCACCCAUGUUUCAUUUGUUUUCUGGAUAGAGGAUGUGUAGUUGAUAGGUUUGUGUAUUAGAGCGUCAGGAGCAUCAUUUUCUCUGGUUCUGUUGGAGGAGUGCAGGAGUAGUGAGGGCGGGGAGGCCACCUGCAGACCAAGACAAGGAGCGCCCGGCUGGUGGCAUCGUGUGUGUCACUUUUGAGUUUCGCCUUAUACAGUUUUUUCGGAAUUGGUGAGAAAUUUUUCUUAAAAGUUGUAGGAAUCUUUCCUGUAAGGGUCAGGGGCUGCCGCAGGAAAAUAAGCAGCUGGCCAGGUUUUGAGAAGAAGCAGUUUAAUUUAUUGUCAUUGACAUGAGUUGAAGUUUGACUUUGUUUUGAUGUUUAUAUUAUAUAUAUGUAAUAUAUAUAUACAUAUAUAUAUAUUUUUAUACGUAUAUGUUUGCGUGUAUGUAUGUAUAGAUACAUAUAUAUAGACACACAUAUAUAUAUAAAUGCUACAAUUUCCUGAUUCAUUUAGUUGGCAAAGUUGGCGGUGGCAGCCGGUCAGGUCGCCUGGCCUUGCUCCACCUGUUGGUUUCUACCCUCUUAAGGAAAAUUUCUUAUCAGUUUUUGGUGUGCUGUAUGUAAUGGAAUUUUCUAUACUGAAAAAUUUUUAGAAAAAAAAAAAUGGUUUGGACAUUCAUUGGCAGAUUGUGGGAGAAUGGAAAGGUGUGGGAUGUAAUAACCUAGCGUGGAAGAUGCUCGCCAUACAGUACUUUGGUGACCCUAUGAGUUCACACACAGUCAGACCAGGUAAGUGGGUGGCCAGAGAGGGAGGAAAGGAGGGAGGGGUCACAGUGGGAGGUGCCUGAUGUAGUCUUACUUGGUGGAGAAUGAGUGGGAGAGUCAAGCUACUGGUGCAGGCUAGAGCACUUCCGCACGUAUAUGUGUUCGUGUCUGUUGCUCCAUGUUGACCAUCCCCGAGUAGGAUAUUACAAUCUGUGUUACCAAACAGUGAACAACUAGAAGCCUUCAUUGUUUGUGUUUUCAAGCCAAUUCACUGCCAUUUUUUGUCGUAUUGUGGUAAAGGAAGAAGUUUAGACAGUCCAGUGUUGGAGCUCUACUGAGUGUGUGUGUGUCUGAGAGGUGUGUAUUGGUUUUGUUGAUUAUGGGCCUAAUUUCUAUAUUGACUUAUGGGACUUUCCUCCCUGAUUUGUUUGGAUUUGAAGAACUCUGCAUGUGCUUGGUGAGCCUGGUUUGAGCAUAAAGAAGGAUGUAUUUAGUUUCUUGAAGGGAAUUUCUUAUAUUCUUCACAGGAACAAGUUUUCUGUUUGGUUAUUUGCAUGUUAGAGCCAACCAGGUCGGCAGUGGUGGCUCUGGCACUCACUGCUCCUGCGUUUAUCCUGCUCUCACUGUCUGGCUGGCCCCCCACUAUGUCUGGCCACCUUCUCACUCUUCAGGAAGUUUUAAUAUACCUAAAUUAUUGUUAACAAUUUGACAUGGCAGUUUCCAUUGUUCAUAGCUUGCAUAGACUACUGAGAUUUUAUUUUAUUUUUUUUAUUUUUUUUAUGAUCAUACAGAUCUGAGUUGAAAUGAACAUUUGUUGCAGGUCUCCUACUUAUCAAAGGAAAUAGUGACAAAAUAUUCAACAUUGGGAAAAAAAAUUCAAAAUAGUAAAAUUUUGUACUGAGUGAGCAAUGUUUGCCAAGACAAAAGAGAGCAGCCCACUGAGCAGCAGCACCACUCCCUGGGGAGCCUCGCCCCCCACGCUGUCUCGAGGGCAAAGGUUUUUAUUAUUAUGAUUAUUAUUAUUAUUAUGAUUAUUAUAAUUAUUACUACAAUGGUCAAAAGAUUCACACACGCACGAGUGGUCUUAUUCAUUGCAAGAGGUUGUUGGAAGUUGUGUACCAAACAAUAAUUGGUGCUUUGUUUGUCAGUCAGGACUUGGCAAUACAUAGGCUUUGAUUGUA